ACACACCCGUGCAUGCAUGAUAACCAAUAAUUCAUUGGCAUGUUCUUGGUUAGGCUCCAGCUCCUCCAUUUUCUUGGUUGACGUAGCUAAUCUGAGCCUAGCUAGCUUGCUGGACAUACACCAGCCGGCCGGGCCGCGGCUGCGAUGGCUGAGCUCGCGUCUGGCGCCGUGAGCUCGCUGCUGGGCCUCCUCCGGAACGAGGCGCUGCUGCUGAGCCGCGUCGGCAGCGACUCGGAGUUCAUCAAGGAGGAGAUGGAGAGCAUGCACAGCUUCCUGGAACACCUGGCCAGGACCGCACCUCCUGCUGGCAGCGGCGGGCACGACGAGCAGGUGCGCACGUGGAUGAAGCAGGUCCGUGACCUGGCCCAUGAUUGCAGCAACUGCAUCGACCUCUACCUCCGGCGCGGUGACCCCGCGGUCUACCGUGCCAGGGCCGGCCGCUGGCGCUACCUCUGGUGGGCUUCCUGGUUGGUGCAGAGGAUGGUCGCCCAGCACAAUGCGGCCAUCCGGCUGCGCGAGCUGAAGGAGCGGGCGCGUGACGUCGGCAAGCGGCGGUUGCGGUACGGUGUGGAGAUCCCGCGGAAGGAAGCAGCGCCAACUUUGCCGUCGUCGUCUCAAGCUGCCGCUACACAAGACAAGGAGGAAGAGGAGGAUGAUGACGACGAUCAGAAUCAAGCGACCGACGGUUCUUAUACCCGUCAAAGAGCUCUAGAACCUCGCCUUCUUGAAGAGUACUGCACCGAGAAGCUAGCCAACUGGCUGGAAACCAACGAGGGUGAAUCCAUAACAUCAAUUGCCCUUGUUGUGCCGGAUGAUAUGCAGGACGCUGGUGCCAUUGCACGCGACUCUUUGACUUCGCCAACCGCCAACUUCAUGUGCAAGGUCGUCAAUCUCUCGGCAUUGCACCUCCCAUGGGAUCUUCCGCUGUUACCCAGUGAGAUCCUCUGCUACAUCUUGCGUGAAUGUAAGCAGCAUCAAGGCACGGAACAAGGCGAGCUGAACGUGCCAGAGGGAGAUCUUCGGGAGAAAGUUUGCCGUUACAAAAAUGAACUCCUGGAUGAAGUAUGGGACAUGAUUGGUUAUAGAGAAGUCGAUGAAAAGAUUGAAGAAAUCAGGAACAUGGUUGGAGAAGUUGAAGCGGGGAAGAUUGGAGGAGUUGAUAGAAAGAAGGUUGAAGAAAAUAUUUGCUUAGUCAUACUCCUCCAUGCCCUGCGGCUCAGGCAGAAGGCGCCUGACAUGGGUAUGCCACUAUCCUCCAAUCAGGCUAUAGAGGAAACUGCUUCCAGUCUGAAAGCUCAUAUGGAGACAGGCGAGUCCAAGCCCCAGAUUUGUCUCGAUGAUGCCCAGUACAAAGAUAUCCUGCACAACCUGUUCCUGACAAACAAGCCCCCACAGUCCCAGCAGGUCCAGGAAGCCACCAGCAGCGCUACUACAAUGAGCGUGGAUCACACCAAAGAAAUCAUCCACAACCACAAGAUUACUCUAGACAUCAUAUUGGGGCUGCUUCCCAAGCAACAGCUACCAGAAGGCACCUCUACUAAGGAACAAGUCACUGAUGCUGCUGCUUCUGUGAUCAAACAAAAGGAGAACUCCAAGGAGAUUGCAGGGGAGGUGACCAAUGCUGCUGCUGCUGCUGCCUCUGUUAUCAAAGAAACCAAGGAGAAAACGAAGGAGGUAUCAGAGGAGGUGAUCAGUGCUAUUGCUUCUGCUGUUAUCAAGGAAACCAAGUUGAAAAUGGAGACAUCAGGGGAGCUGGCCAGGGAUAUUGCUUCUGCCCUUGUCAAAGAAACCAAGGAGAAACUCAAGGAGCUAUCCGCGGAGGUGACUAGUGCUAUUGCUUCUGCUGUUAUCAAGGAAACCACGGAGAAAAUGAAGGAGAUGCAAAUUACCAGUGCUAUUGCUGCUGCUGUCAUCGAAGAAGCAAAGGAGAAGAUGAAGAAAAUAGUAUCGGAAGAGGUUGAGACGGCCACUGAAGUUGCAGCUGCCAUCAAAGAAACCAAGCGAAAGAUGUAUCAGUUCCUGUGGAAGAUUGUGGGUCAGCUUCGUAUCAAAGUGCUAGUGGACAAGAUUAAGCCGCAUCUGGAAAACAAGAAGACCCUGAUUAUCCUCCAAGAUGACCAAGACUAUGUUUCAGCCGGAUCCCGGUGGGAGGAGACCAGAAAUGCUUUGAAACUGUUAGGGUGCAGAGCAGUGAUUGUGUCCACAAAGAACAGCCAAAAGGCCACAGAAUUUUGCCAUCCACCGGGAGUAGAGCCAAUAACUUAUUCCCUAGUUGGACUCUACCAUGAUACUGUGCUCGAGCUUACAAAGGCACGGAUGAAUAAGGGAAAUGACGGCUACACCCCAAACAUUCUCCGUGAAAUCUUGGCCAAGUGUCAUCCACAUGAGUUCUGCAUGAAGAUCUUCACGUACGCUCUUUAUGCUAAUCCCAAUAGGAGCUAUGAAGAACUGUGCAAGUUACAUGAAGAUCUGGUUCCCCACAAGACAUUUGGCAGUAAAGCUAAGAAGAUGAUCAAGUUCUCCUACAAAGAUCUGCCUAGAGAACACAAGACUUGCUUGCUGUACCUAGCCAUCUUCCCUCAAGGCCAAAACAUCAAAAGGUCUACCUUAAUAGGACGAUGGGUUACGGAGGGGUUGAUAACUAAGCAAGACUGGGCCACCGCAGUGCAUCAUGCCGAGCAAUGUUUUGACACUCUGAUUGAACGGGGGCUUCUUUUUCCUGAUGAAAUUGGUGCUGCAGGAAAGGUCAAGAGCUGCAUUUUAGGUGAUCAAGUCCAUGGCUUUAUCACCAAGGUUGCAAGUAAGGAGCACAUUUUGGAUGCACGCCUGUCAGAUCUUUGGGCUCGGCAUUUCUCCAUCUUUAGUGGUCUCCGACUCCGUGCCUCUGAUGGCAUCGAUAACUUUGUACACAAGCUCCCCAAAUAUUCACCUCAAUUGCCGCUGCUCAAGGUGCUAGAUCUGGAAGGCACUGAAUGCUUUGAGAAAAAUCACUACCUCAGGGACAUUUGCAACAAGAUAUUACUUCUCAAGUAUCUGAGCCUAAGAAGAACAAAUGUUAGAUAUCUUCCCAGUGAAAUAAACAACCUCCAUGAGCUAGAGGUAUUGGAUAUCCGGCAAACUAUGGUACCUGAGCGUGCAACAAGGGAUGUCCUGCUCCUGAAGCUGAGGCGCUUCUUGGCUAACCGCGUUGAUCCAAAUCCAGGACUCAAUGAUAAGUCGCCACACUUUCCUGUCCAGAUUCCUUCCAAAAUUGAAAAAAUGGAAAAUUUGGAGGUACUAUCAAGUGUCAAGGCUUCAGGGGAUGGCCGUGAGUUGAAAGAGAUAAAAAAUCUAUGGCAAUUAAGGAAGCUCGGUGUGGUUAUUGAAGACAGGGUCAUUCACCUCACGAGGUUGCUUCAAGCGAUCAGUGACCUAAAAGAUUGCCUUCGAUCUCUUUCAGUCACCAUAUCAUGCAACACCAGAACUAAGAGCAUUCUAUCCAGCAAAGAGGGGCAUGCAAUAGAUGUGCACCGUUGGUUAAGACAAACUCCCAAGCAUCUUCAAAACCUAAGCAUCAACGGAGUCACAGAAAAGGUGCAGCUUCUUGAACCGCUGGCCAAAGGUAGUGAUGAGCUUGCCAAGGUAACUCUGGCUGGUACUGUGUUGAAACAGGAUGACCUGAUGGUCCUUGCUGUCCUUCCGAAAUUACACUGUGUCAGACUCCGAUCCAAAGCAUACAAUGAGAGCAAGCUCACCUUCAAGGAGGAAGAAUUCCAACAGCUAAAGUACUUUAUUGUGGAGGGCAACAUGACUGAGACAGACAUCGAGUUUCAAGAGGUCGAGUUUCAAGAUGGUGCAACUGCUGAGCUGGAGAAGGUCGUCUUGUCCUUCACCAACAUAAGGUUUCUGAGUGGGAUCGACAACCUUCCAAAAUUGAAGGAGCUUGAUUUAGAAGGCAACCGAUUCCUACUUUCAUUUGCUCAAGACGAAGCAUCUCCUGAGCAAAGCACCAAGAUUGGAUCUGCUGAGCAAAACACGGAGGGCGGAUCUACUGAGCCAAACACCCAGAGUAGAGCCCCUGAACAAAACAGCGAGAGUAGAGCUCCUGAGCACAACACAGAGAGCAGAGCUACUGAGCCAAACACUCAGAGUAGAGCCCCUGAACAAAAUAUCGAGAGUAGAGCUCCUGAGCACAACACACAGGGCAGAACUACUCAGGAAAUCACUCGGAUUAGUGACCCUGAGCAAAGCAACGAGCACAACACUCCUGAGCAAGACAGUCAGAAUACAGCUCCUAAGCAAAACACUGACACUAGAGCCGAGCAAAACACGGGGAGUAAAUCUCUUGAUCAGAACACUGAGAACAGAGUUGCGGAGGGAAUCACUCAGAGUAGAGACCCUGAGCAAAGCAACGAGCGCAAAGCUCCCGAGCAAGACAGUCAGAGUACAACUCCUAAGCAAAACACUGAGACUACAGCCGAGCAAAACACUGAGAGUAGAGCUCCCGAUAAAAACAAUGAGAGCAAAGCUGCUAAGGGAAACACUCAAAGUACAGCCUCUGAGCAAAACCUGAAGAGCAGAGUGCCCGAGCAAAACACUCAGAGCAGAGCUCCUGAGCAGAACCCCGAGGGAAAGUUCAUCUUCAAGAAGGGAAAGUUCAAACAUCUCAAGUAUGUUCGUGUUGAGGAUUCCAGAAUGAUCGACAUCAUGUUUGAAAGUGGAGCGGCUCCUGAGCUCAAGAAGAUUGCCUUGUCCUUGACCAACGAAAAGUCCCAGCUCGAUGGGGUUAGUGGCCUUAAAAAAUUGAAAGAGAUUGAAUUGAAGGGUGGAAAAUUCCUUCUUUCAUCAUUUCACAAUGCCAAUCAAAUUUCCAAGGUGACUCUUCGUGAUACUCAACUGAAGCAGGAAGAUAUACGGAUCCUUGCUAAGAAAAAAAACCUACGCUGCCUAGAGCUCUCAGACUUGUCUUACGCCGAAAGCGAGCUAGCCUUCAACAAAGAUGAGUUCCCAGCACUUGACCUUCUUAUUGUUGAGUGCCGUGCCAUCAGCAGCAUCAGCUUCACCGAUGGGUCUGCUCCUAAGAUCGAAAGGAUUGUUUGGUCCUUCGACGAGAUGAAGUCUCUCUCUGGCAUUGACAAACUUCUGAGGUUGAAGGAGAUUGAGUGCAUUGGUAACCAUGUCCCUCAUCAAGUGAGAAAAUACAUUGCAGCACAUAAAGCGCAACCUGUGCUUACACACAAGAAGCGAGCACAACAUGUCCCAGCGAAAGAAACAAUCACAGCAGAAGAGGAUGAUGAUACAUGGUUUCCACCAAUCCCCCGCUGCUUGAAGAUCAAGAAUCGACACUAGCUGGCUGAGGAAAGGCUUGCAAGGAUUUCACUCUCAUCCUCCGCAUCUCCAUCCAAUAUCCAUUCAUCACUGCUUCCCAGAACUGCUGGCCUGUUUGUCAUGCUGUCCAUAUGCGUGCCUGUCAUGGUAUCACCUUUAAUCCCCCGUGCUUGUGUGCAUGUUUGUUUAUUAAUUUCCUGCAAAGUUGUGUGUAUGCUCGUGUCUGUUGCGUAUGUGUUUUCCUUUGGUUCAUUCUGCGCGGCGGAAUAUUGUUGUUAGGAUGAACCACAAAUAUGUCAGAUAAUAGUUGUCAAGCUAUUUCGUCAUUAUGUACUUGUAAGGGUUGAUGUAAGUAUGCUACCCAUAUGCGUACCCUGGGAAGAACAAACUAUCAUGAACUGUGUAUAUUUACCUAUACUA